AAAUUCAACAUCUCUUGUUCCUUUCCUCUAUUUUGCAUUAAAGAUUCCAACAGAUACAAAUUUCAGAUAAAGUGAGUAAAAGGUUUUUACUGCACCCUUUACCUUUCCUUGUCAAAAAGUUAGUCCCCUCAGGUCUGAAGAGUUAAAUACAUGGAGAGAUUCAUCAUUUAGAGGAUCUCUACGGGCAGAAGCAGAAGUGGGUCUGUCUUAUUCUUACCCCUUGGGGCCUUGCUGUUGUUGUGAAGCUCUCUUGUGGGGUUCCCUUCUGCUUCAUAAGAUAGACUCCUUCAAACACUUAGAGGGAAGAAGAAAAAAAAAACGUCUAGAAUCAACAUAAAGUCAGGCAUCUGGAGAUUCUGAUUCCAAGGGAAGGAAGUGAUUGAUGGAGAACAAGUAUAGUCUAAACAGGCAGAGGAGUGGAAUAUGGAAUUGCUUGAGAGAUGGAGACUUUGAAGAAGAAGAAGUUUGGGCUGUUUUCAAGGAAAAACCUGAUUACAACAUUUCUGGAGUUCACAAGACAAGGGAAAAAGGGUCUUUUUCUCCUCUAGCUGUCCCUAGGACUCUCCCAAGUGCAGCAAGGAUGAUCCCAAGGACUAGUAGUGGCAAUAGUAGUGCUAGUUCCUCACAUGAAACCAAGGUUAUUCAGCAAUCAGCACCUCUCAACAUUCCUGAUUGGUCACAGAUUUAUAGGAACAAGCCAAACAAGACCACCCCCAAGAGUGUUUCAAGGUUUGGUGAGGACUAUGAUGAUUUCUAUCAUCAUUCUGUUAAUGAUGAGGGUGAUGGUGAUGGUGUUGGUGUUGUCAAUUAUGGUGGAGGGUAUAGUGAUGAUGAGGAAGAGGAAGAGAAUGAAUAUGAUACAAAACUACCCCCUCAUGAGUUUAUUGCAAGAAGGCUUGCAAGGAGUCAGAUAUCCUCAUUUUCAGUUUUUGAAGGUGUUGGAAGGACCCUCAAGGGUAGAGAUCUUAGCGAAGUGAGGAAUGCUGUUCUCUCAAAAACUGGUUUCCUUGAAUCAUUGUAAUAAAAGGGGUUUCCAUGAAUCAAUGAAUCAAAUUUGUGAUGUAUAGGGGUAGGGGGUAGGUAGUGGUUGCUUAGUUAUUGAGAUUGUGUGCAUGUUGUGUAUGAAAGAAUUCGUUUAGGCAUUUACCAUGAAAAAUGCAAUGAUUCAACUUGGUUAUGGCAAUUGAAAGUGCUUUUGUUUGAAAUUUA